GAGUUAAUGAUUUACGAAUUUUUAUUGCUUUCAUUUUUUUUACUACCCGUUUUCAUGGGGAACCCGUUACCAACCCGUCGCUUACUUGAAGAAACAUCUUUACUUGAUCUUGAUAUUUUUUCAAAUGUUGCUUCAAAAGUUCCUGUAAAAAUAGUGUAACAAAAUUUAUGAAUAUGAUGCAAAAUAACCCUUUAAUUAAAACAGUGGACGAUUCCAGUGCUAUUACCGUUUUUCUUCCCAGUAACGACGCGGUGGAAAUGUAUAAUUUUCCAAAUAAUGGUGCCAAUUUACCUUCCGAUAUAGCUUUCGCUAUUUUUUCAAAUCAUAUUCUCCUUUCAAAUAUUAAGCUCGAUUCCAUUCAAGCGAUGCAACUACUAACUGUAGGGAAAACUCUUGUACAAAUUGAGCAAGAUCCUUUCACGCUUGAAACAAGAAUAGCGAUUGGACACGAUACUUGUUAUCAAUCUGCGAUAAUUGAAAAUAUAAAUGCACCCAUUUUCACGUCAAAUGGCAUUGUUUAUAUUAUCUCAACUAUAUUAAUGCCAACACCGGUUAUUGAUUAUGUUAAAUUUCAUCGUUUGACUAGUUGUUCAUGAUUUGGGAAACGGUUUCGAGUGAAUAAAAAAACAUUUUUUUUUUUUUUAAUACAAUACAUUAUGCAACGUUUUAAAACAAAAUCAUGUCUUCACAUAUUU